UGGCUCAAUGGGCAUAACGCGGAGCCCCAGCGUCUAAUUUCAUCCGUGAAGACUCCUCUCGUACGCGCCUGCUGCUGUUGCUGGAAUAAACGCUAUGAGUUACUGUCGACGAUGGGCCUGCUUUCUAAAAACAACCUGUUGAAAGUGUUUCUCCUUGACCCUGCCUCCUGGUAAAUGUUUAUGGGAGAUAUUAUUUCGCCGCUCGGUUGCCAUGGCAGAAAGGGAAGGUGUCUGAGCGGUGUCAACUUUUCUUCACAUGGCGCCUUUCUCGCUCUGAACGCAGUCUGCAUGUAAAUGUAUUGGAGAUAAACCGCUUCACAUCGCACUGAGGAACUCUGGGAGAGUUUGACGACGCAGGACAUCGAGUGCAUAACUGGUUUUUGCCUGAAUAAGAGCAAAACAACAACGAGGCCACCGAAGAGGCCGUUUUCUUGGGCAAAGCACCACUAAUUUCUAACAUUCUCCUUUGUUUGUGUUUAACAGACAGCCGCCAUCAUUCCGUGCUGCAAGGGUGACCCCAAAAUGUCUUCCAACGGUGAUCUGCAAGACGUUGGGAGCUGGGACAGCUUCUGGGAGCCUGGGAACUACAAGAGGACCGUAAAACGCAUUGACGAUGGCUACAAACUAUGCAAUGAGCUGGUCAGCUGUUUCCAGGAGCGGGCCAAGAUUGAGAAGGGCUACUCCCAGCAGCUGAGUGACUGGGCCAGGAAAUGGAGGGGUGUUGUGGAGAAAGGCUCACAGUAUGGGACUCUGGAAAAGGCCUGGCAUGCUUUCAUGAAUGCGGCAGACAGACUGAGUGAGAUCCAUAUGGAACUAAAAGAGAAACUGAUUGUUGAAGACAGCGAAAAGAUUAGAAACUGGCAGAAGGAUGCCUUCCACAAGCAAAUGAUUGGUGGAUUCCGUGAGACCAAAGACGCCGACGAAGGCUUCCGCAAGGCCCAGAAACCCUGGGUCCGAAAACUGAAGGAUGUGGAGUCUACCAAAAAGAGUUAUCACCAAGCCCGGAAGGAAGAGCGCACGGCAUUGACCCGUGAAACUCAUGCCAAGGCUGACCCCACCAAAUCCCCAGAAGAGGCCCGCAAGUUCACAGAGCGCCUGGAGAAAUGUACCCAAGAGGCGGAGAAGGCUAAGGAGCGUUAUGAGAGAGCCCUGGACGAGCUGAAUCGCUGUAACCCGCGUUACAUGGAAGACAUGGAGCAAGUGUUUGAAAUCACACAGGAGGCAGAAAAAAAGAGGCUUCGCUUUUUUAAAGAAGUGCUGCAGGACAUACACCAGCACAUGGACCUCUCCAGCAAUGAUGGAGUAUGUGGAAAAUCCCCAUGCAGAUUUCGAGGCCUGUACCGAGACCUCAGCCAGACCAUCAAUGCAGCCAAUGACGCAGAGGACCUCAGGUGGUGGAGGAACACCCAUGGGCCCGGCAUGAGCAUGAAAUGGCCCCAGUUAGAGGAGUGGUCACCAGAAGCAAACCGAUCCAUCAGUCGAAGAGACAGAAACAGUCAUUCUGAUGACGUGGUCACUCUGACUAAUAUUGUCUCAGCAGGAGACGAACCCCCGAAGACUCCACAGGAAACUACGAGGGCGGGUAAAGACUACUCCUCGGACUGGUCUGAUGAAGAGAGCCCCAAAAAAUACAUCGCAGCCAACGGGGUGGACGAGGAGGAGAAGGUAGUCGGGGUUCACGUUAAAGCGCUGUAUGAUUACACUGGGCAGGAGGCUGAUGAGCUGAGCUUUAAAGCAGGUGAAGAGUUAAUGAAGCUGGGUGAGGAGGACGAGCAGGGCUGGUGUAAAGGACAGCUGGUCAGCGGAGAAAUAGGCCUCUACCCUGCUAACUAUGUCCAAGUCAUCACAUCUUGAGCAGCCGCUGCACUCUGGACGAGACCCACACCUUCCCUGUGGCAGCCGCGAGGAACUACGGCAGCUGUGUCGAAUACACAGCCACGCAUCUGCAUGAUGGAUUGAAUGCCCCGAUACACGAGGAGAUCAGAGAGGUUCAGUGGUUCAUUCUUUGUUUUCGCUGACAUGCUAGAGGACUUUGAGGUUAGUUAGUCCCCCUUUGUCCUUGUACUUAUUGAAAGAUCAGUGCCUUUAUUGUAAAACGCCAGACAUUCACGACACGGCUAUUAAUGUAGCACACGGUUCAGUCACAGGAAAACAUGCGAGUCGCCACUGUUGGAUUUGUUGUGAUAGAUAAUCAUUAGUAUUUCACAUUUCAGUUACGUAUGAGAAUCAUUUCAAGUAUUUGAUCAAAUCUACGCUGA